AUGGAUGAUUUCGAGCAGCUCCAGCUUCUUGGUCACGGAGGCUACUCCAGUGUUUAUCUUGUCCAAUUCAUUGACUCAACCACGCGUUAUGCACUCAAGCGAAUUGCAAAAUCAAAGAUAAUUUCAGAGAAGCACAAAACGCGGCUGGAAGUCGAAAAAUCGAUUUUGUUUGAACUUCAAAGUCCAUUUCUCUGUCGAGGCUUUCGAACGUUUGAAACUUCGAAUGAAAUUUUACUUUUACAAGAAUUUAUUGAUGGACGACCGUUGUAUGAGUGCAUUUGGAUGUUUCAAGAUACUGGAAGGUUUCCUGAACAUAUGGCAAAGUUCUUUGCUGCACAAUUGGUUUUGGCGUUGCGAGAUUUACACGCACAUCAAUACAUUCAUCGCGAUUUUAAAAGUGGAAAUGUGCUCAUUGACAAGAAGGGAUUUGCUAAAGUGAUUGACUUUGGUCUUUCAAAAUCAACUUGUAUGAAUGACUGCAGAAGUGGACGGACGCAAUCUUUGUGCGGCACACACUACAUCAUGGCACCUGAGGUAUUUAGUAGGAAUCUGUAUGACUUUUCUUGUGAUUGGUGGAGUCUCGGUGUGAUUAUCUAUGAGAUGGUUGCAGGAUGCCCUCCAUGGGAGUAUCAGUGCCCAUCAGAUAAAACGAUAAAUGAGUAUUUUCAGCAAAUUGAACUGAAAGCUGAAUCGCUUUUUGAACGUCCAGAGAGAAAAGAUGAAACAGUUGAAAGCAAUUUCAGCACUGAUUUAAAGUCAUUGAUAUGCUCCUUGCUUCAGAUCAAUCCUUGUAAGCGACUUGGUAAGGAUGGAGCAGUUGAGGUGAUGAAUCAUAUUUGGUUCAGUGACAUUAACUGGUCUCAGCUUGAAGCGCAAGAAAAUCUUUUAAUGGUGCCUUACAAUUAUGAAAAAGAUUUUAAUGCAGCUCGAGUUCGGUCAUUUCAGACUCUUAACGAAGAUCGAGAAAGGUUAUCAAGUGCCGAAAGUAUCGACCCAGAGGAUGAUGUGAAAUAUUUUGCUGACUUUUAA